GGUUGUCAUGGACUAUUUCAGUAAAUGGCCAGAAGUAUAUGCCUUACCAAACCAGGAAGCGAAGACCGUAGCCGAAGCGUUUGUAGAAAAUUGGAUAACAAGGUUCGGAGUGCCCAUCGAAUUACACUCAGAUCAAGGCAGGAAUUUCGAAUCUUCCAUUUUCCAAGAAGUCUGUACAUUAUUGGGCAUCCACAAGACACGGACAACAGCGUUACACCCACAAUCAGAUGGGAUGGUAGAGAGAUUCAACCGAACGCUCGAAGAACAUCUGCGGAAAAUCGUUGAUAAAGAUCAACGGAAUUGGGACAAGUGCAUCCAGAUGUUCCUGCUGGCGUAUCGUUCAGAGAAGCACGAGACAACUGGAUACACGCCAGCAAAGAUUAUUUUCGGAUCUGAUCUGCGACUCCCUGCUGAUCUUAAGUUUGGAACGAAUCCUACAGCUGUAAGAAAUGAUGGAGAUUAUUGUUCUGCCUUAAAGGAAGAAAUGAAUGAAUUGCAUCUAAUGGUAAGACAGCAUACGCAUCUGAUGAGCAAUAAGAUGAAGGACCGGUUCGAUCAAGCGGCAAAUUCAAAAGGUUUUGAAGAAGGUGAUCUGGUCCUGUUGUACAAUCCACUUCGAAAGAUAGGCUUGUCCCCGAAACUGCAGACAGCCUGGGAAGGACCCUAUAUGGUGAUGAAACGACUAAAUGACGUGGUAUACCGCAUACAAAGAAAUGGAAAAGCACGAUGUAAAAUGAAAGUAGUACAUUUGGUGGGCUCGCCCCAUUUGGUUCAAGAGGAUUUGUGCCGAAUAGUGACGAUUAGGCUUUAGUGGAGGGCAGUGUUACAAAAGUAGUAUUAAGUUGUAUUUGUAUUGCUAUAUGCAUCCCUUAUUAUGAACAAUAGCUGUAGGUAUAUGGAAUAGCAUUUGUCUUGUUGUAGACAUCUGGCGCCGCGGCUGUCUGCUUGUCGAAACAAUAGACAUCUGGCGCCGCACUGUCUGCGUGUGGACUUAAACAAUUGCUGAGUCUGGCGCCGCGGCUGUCUGCUUUCGUCUGGCGCCGUAUAGCAUUAUGUUCUGGUAAUUUCCAGACGCAAUAUUCUAGAAGGACACGUCGGCAUCAGCGAGAAGUGCGUGGCUAUAUAAGCCGUGGCAGCGCCAACGUAAUCAAUCAGUGCUAAGAGUAAACUGCUAUAGUGUAGACGAGUUGUGAAAUAAAGAGUUGUUGAAUUAAAUUAAACAGUGUUGAUUUUAUUUGUCAAUCCAGAGAUACGAACCUAACAAAGUAAACUAGCAAGAGUAAAUUCGUAACAAUAUAUAUGUACUGACCAAGCAAUGUGUUACUACUGCAAUUUCAUUAAUAAACACGUGCUAAAUAUUUGUGUGAAAUGAUGGAAAAUAUAACUGUGGUGAAGUCAAAUAAAGGAAAAGACAUGUUAAAUGUCGACGGCUACUUCUUCUAUUUGGAACGAAAAAAUAAGAAAACAUUUAACUGGACUUGUUCUGAACGAAUUAAAAACAAAUGUACCGUGCGUAUUUUCACACAGUUUGAUGGCUGUGAACAUGGUAUACGAAAAAAAAGAAAUGAACAUUCUCAUGAUCCAUGUGCGCAUAAAAAAUCGGUAGCAGAAGCAAAUAAUCUGGUUGAAAAUAUGGCUCGCUCGAGUUUUCUGCAGCCUAGCCAAAUAAUUCAGCGUUCGGUAUCUAUGACAGAAAAACAUAUUAGAGAUUAUCCCCCAUCAAGAAAUGCCCUUAAGUUAAAAAUUAGAAGACAACGGAACAGUUUGAAAUGUUUUAAAGACCCAACUUGUGCUGAAGAAAUAGACAUUUGUAAGCGAUGGCAACUCUGUUGCCCAUCAAGUGUCAAAUAAAAUAAAGCAAGUGGCAGCAACCAAAGACACAGUCAACGAGCGACCGUCAGCGAGUGAGCAACAUAAACGAAAUAUUUGAGAACAUCCAGUAAAGUUGAAUAAGUGUAACAUUUUUCUUAUAUUCACAAUAAAGUUUUGUAUUAUUAUAUAUAAGUGUUUGACUGUGCACACGAGUACGGUGUUUCUCUACAGUUCAGAAGUGGGAUGAUAAACCCAUACACGUCUACAAACAUAGUAAGUAUAUGUAUGUGCGUUGGUGAAGGGCUAUAGGCACCGGCAGAUAUAUAUACACGAUACGUAAAAACGAUACGAUGGUGAAGAUCAGUGAUCUGAAGGUGGAACAACUGAAGAGGUUGCUACGGGAAAGGCAAUUAGCGACGACUGGCACGCGAGACCAGUUGUUGCAACGUCUUAGCGCAUAUGAGGAGUCCGACGAGGUGGACAUCCAAGAGAUCAACGUUACGGAGGAGUCAUCCGAGAUGUCAACGGUGGCACAACUGCAGCAGGAGAUGAAGCAGUUACGCGAGAUGAUGGCGCAGCUGCUACAAGCGCAAAACAACGGGACUGGUACAGUUAGCAUGAAAGAGGUACAAACGGUACAAAACGCAAAUAGCAACGAUAGCGCAGUCGCAGUCAACGGCGGCGCAGGCGUUCAGAGUCACGCCACUGACGCUAUUUCAACGAACGACGACAGCACGGUGGCAACUAACAACAACGUUACAACACGCAUUCAAAGCAACGGUGAUAUUUCUGCGAACGGGAAUAUUUCAACGAACGGGAAUAUGCGACACGCGUCAGUUAAAGAAAUUGCAAAUACCCUGCCGGAAUUUGAUCCAACGAAUAACGCAAGCAUUACGGUAGAGCAAUUUAUUGAUAGAGUCGAUCGAGUAGUGGAAGCAUAUAGAUGGGACGAGAAAUUUUUAUUUUUAGCUAUUUACACACGUUUAAAAGGAGUUGCACGUAUGUGGUUGGAUGCAUCACCCACAUUACACACAACUUGGGAAAAUUUUGCUGAUGCGUUACGACACGAAUUUGGUUCAGAUCGAGACGAGGCAGAAAUUCAUUUCGUGAUGGCCAAUGCAACGAGGAAGCCAAAAGAAAUCGUAAAAGAAUAUUGUUUUCGAGUGGCGGCACUAGGUAUACGUUACAAACUGAGUGAGGCAGCCAUUAUACGUUAUGCAAGAGCUGGGUUAAAACAUAGAGAACUCCAACAAAGCAUUGCAGCAAUGAAGUUUACAACAAUGAAGCAGAUGAGAGACGCCAUCGAGGACUAUUUCAUUAAUCGCGGAGGGCUAAGUGAGCCACAAGUACAUCAACCAAGUAAGCGAGACAACAAUAACGAAAAAUAUGCUGAGUCAACGAAACAAAAUGGUGAAUUUAAAGCACAAUUGAAAUGCUACAAUUGCAACGUACCUGGACAUUUCGCCAACAAAUGUCCAUUGCCGCAGAAACGACAUCGCUGUACAACGUGUAACAAAGUUCAUCCAAACGGAGGAAAUUGUGAGAAGACGACAGUAACGUUACGACGACUUGGUGCAAUCAACCUUGACGAAUGUUUCAAGAAGUUAGUUUACAUAAAAGCGCAACCGUAUAUCGCAUUCAUCGACACGGGCAGCCAAUGCAGCAUCAUUCGUAGGUCAGUAGCCAAGCGCAUCGACGAUAAAGCCGUAAAAUGCUGCUUACAAGUAAAAGGCAUUUGCGGAGGGGUGCGUACGUUCACGGAGGCUAUUACCAUAGACAUCACCAUCGACGGAAUCAACAUCGAGACGCAAGCCUACAUCGCUGAUGACGAGUUACUAGAACAAGACGUUUUAAUAGGUCAAGAUGUUAUCAUCAAUGCAAACACUACGCUGAAAAUUGAAAAUGGUCACACAAUAUUCGGAAGCAGACGAGCAGUACAGACAACGGUAAUAACUGAGAGCAAUUUUUCCAAAUUAAUGUCCAAUUUCAGCAAUGAAGAAGAACGAAAUAAGAUACAAAGUCUUCUGGCAAGCUAUGCCGAUGUUUUCUCCAGUGGGCUGAAAGAUAUUGGCAAAACUGACGUAGUUCAAGCUAGCAUCGAACUUGAGAGCAAUCGCACCAUAUUUCAGCGCCUUAUCGUAUCCCAGAACCGAAGCGUGAUAUUGUUAACAGGAUGGUUGAGGAGUUGCUUGAGCGUGAUAUUAUCACGAAAUCGACAUCCGAAUACGCAAGUCCCGUGGUCUUAG